AUGACGAGUGCAGCAAUUAGCUCGUACCUGGUGCGCACACUGCAGCGCCAGACAGAUCAUGUCCCGUCUUCGAUAGCAGCAGCCACCGUGUGCUACCGCAUUGUCUUCUUGUGGUCGAGAGGCCAGGGCACACGGAGGUCACCUGAGAUAGGAAAGAUGCAGUGGCCGACCCGAGCAAGAACGGGCUUUGAGGAUAUUGGGGCGUAUGAAACAGUUGAUGACGCGAGUGCUUCCUGGUUGACCGAUUUUCGUCUGUUCGGUAUUGCCUUUCAAGGGGGUACGCAUGAGCCAGAGCGCACGUCUAGCAGAAAGACCGAUGAUAACCAUCCUCAUAAAGAGAGUGCCAGGCUGCCCACAUACCGUCUUCUGCCCCAAACACUGUGCGUAAUCCACGCUAAGGAGGUCAGUCCUGUGUUCGGGAUCGCUUUCGCAGGUUGA